AAGUGACGUAUAGGAAUGACCAGAAAUCAUUCAUGGAGAGGCCAGGACUCACCGCCCGUGUGUGACGUCAUACCCAUGGCGGAAGUGGUGUAGGAAGUCAGACAGGGUCGGGCGGAGGAGAACUGCGAGAUUUCCUGCUUGUCUACAACAGGAUGACUGAGCUCUGCUUCGUGCGCUGCAUCUCCAACCUGAACUACCGGGCACUCACCAGGGAGGAGGAGGCCUGUCUAGAUGGCUGCGCUGGGAAGCUUGUCCACUCCAACCACCGCCUGAUGGGUGCCUACGUGCAGCUCAUGCCCUCCAUUGUGCAGCGCCGCAUCUCGGACUACGAGGCUGCUGCAGCUCAGGUGGCCCCAGGCUCCAGUCCGAAGGAGGUCCCUGGUGCUGCCCCUGCGGCCCUGCCAGCAGCAGUUGGCACAGGAACCCACCCUAAUCAGCAGGUGGUUGCCAGUGCAGAGAGCACCCCAGACACCAUCAGCUAGUGCCCCACUGCGUCCUGGCGUUUCCUCGUCCCCCAUGGCUGCACCCUGGACUUGGGCCUGGGUGUGAAACAGCCUCACCCUGGGCUGGGCCUCCUCCCAGCACUGGAUCCAGCCCAGAUGGACACUUCCUCCCUCUUCACUCAGGACUGGGCUGAUUAGUGCCAGCAUCACUACCCUAGAUGCAACUGCCAGCUGCAGCCCGGGCCUCCGGGCAGCGCAACCACGCGAGUUCCAGCAGUAUUUGGGCCAAGCCAGUCUGCCUAUCGGGCUCUGAGCAGCUGCUUGAGUCCAUUGCAACCAGGCCAUCUGGAGCAGCCUGAGGGUGCCUUGCUGAGGGCUCUGCGCUAGGCUCUUGUGCCCCAGGGCAGGGUUUUCUCUCUGUCCUGGAAGGCUACUUCCUAUUAGCAGUAAAUCAGGUUCCUCUUGAUUUCCUGGGUGUGUGGGAUGCUUUGGGCAGGGCCCAAUCCGCUCACACAGCUGCUGGGAGGGCCUUCCCAGGGUAUCACUUCUCCCUGCCCUCAAGCUGUGUGUGUGUUGGGGUGUCUGGUACUGCUUCUGUCCCUUGCUCUCAUGAUUCUCCACGGAGACACACACCCGGUGGAGGUGGCAGCCCCACACCCUGAUCGUGCCCCUUGGCUACUCAGUCUCUGUUGCUCCAUUUCGACACUGAGUCACUUGGGUGAGCCCUGCCCCCUAGGGGCUGGGAGAUGAGGGGGUCACUGAAAGGAGAGGGGCUCUGCCCCUGGCUCCCGUACACCAGGCGAAUGAAGCUUGUGUGGCCCCACAAGACGGAGAGGAGUGUGUUGCAGCCUUGUGGGGAAGGCUCCUGUCUGCCUCCGUCCGUCAUCCCUGCUCCAGUCCCAUGUGCCAAUGCACAAUGCUCCAAGGUGGAGCAUGGGGCUGUGGCACUUAGCACACAUUGAGAGGCUCGGCCCUGCUUUUAAACAGUGUCCUGGGAGUAAAGCUGCCAGGCCCUGCUCCACCCCGGGCAGGCCACGCAGCCACAGCAGGCCCUGGACUGGACCCAGCACAUCCCCUGAGGUAGACUCCUACUCAGAGACCCCACGCGGCCUCAGGAGCACAGCAAAUGACAAGCCGGCUGGGUGUGGUCUUAGGAAAGGUGGGCGGCACGCCUGAAGCACCCUGCUCUGCUGAGAUCCAGCUUCUCUUGUGCCGCACAGCUGCAGCAGCUGUCCCUGGGAGGAAAGCCUCUCCCGCUCCAGGGGCAGCCGUGCCAAGUGGAGUGCACGGAGCUGUACAUGGGUAAUAAAGAGAUUAACGCGAAA